AUGCGGCGUCUGCACCUUCCCAGUCUGCGCUGCCCCAGCAGCAGCAGCAGCAGCAGCAGCGAGGAGCUGCGCAGCAGCAUGGAUUCUGCUUUUCCCAUUUGUGGGGAAGAAGGAGGUGGGGCCCCUCUGUCCCCUGGGGGCCCCCCGACUGAGGGUUUGCUGCAGUCUGCUGCUGCGCCAGUGCAGCAGCAGCAGCAGCAGCAGCAGGACUGCAGGGAGUUCAGGGCUGAGGGCCCCACACCCCCCACUGCUGCUUCUUCCCCCCGGCUUUGUGUUUCUUCUCACCGCAGCAAAGAGAAAAGCGGGCAGCAAACCCAAGCAGAGGCAGCAGCAGCAGCAGCAGCAGCGGGGGGGCCACAGGGCGUGCAGCAACAGCAGCAGCAGCAGCAGCAGCAGCAGCAGAGCAGCAGUCGCUCUCACCCGCAAACACUCCAGUCUCCAGCUGCUGCUUUCCCGCUAAGAGCCCUCGAGGGGGCCCCAGAGGAGUCCCCGGGGGUCUCCCCAGGGGGCCCCCGUGGGGGCCCCCCUGGGGGCCCCCUGGGUGGGGGCACGCUUGAAGGGUACCUGGGGGGCCCCCUCGGGGGCCCCCUUGACGUUCCCCUUGGGGGGCAAUUUUAA